AUGCAGAGAUGUCAUAAGCCGGAAAUCACCACCCAACAAUCCACCGAUCCACGAUUUAUCUUUCUAUGCUCGGAAUGUGGCAGUAGAGGAGUGUCGUCUUCGAAAUCCCGAUCGUCUAGUCCGAAGUUGUCUGUGAAAGCUGCCGAGGCAAGUGCUCAGAAUCGUGGGCCUGGGCUGGCCCCACGCUCAGGUUCAGAUAUCUCGGCGACGUUCGAGGCAUAUAGGAAGAAAAGUGAGGAUUUACAUGCCAUUAUAGUUGUUUACCUACUUACGGAUCCCUAA